ACUGCCGCGGCCCCACCUCAGCAAGGGCAGCGCUAGGGCGGCUGGUCUGGUGUGGUGAGCCUCGCGGAGGGCGGCACGGGGUGGAGAUGGGCGGUGUGCGGCAGGCCAAGCUGGCAACACCGCUGGAUGGUGCCGCCGGCGUGCAGCUCCCACCAUAAGCGGGCGGGCGACCUCACACCCGCGGACAGGUGCGGUAAGUGCGGACGUCAUCGCCACCUGUCCAUUGAUCGGCAGUGAUUGACGUCAGGAGCGGCGGGCGGCGGCGUGUCAGGCUUUCCCUCAGCGGCGCGGCGCGGGACUGAUGCUGUGAGGCCCCGGCGGCUGAAAACGCUGACGGACUGUCUUGUAGCGGGUGGCGCUGCCCGAGGGCGUAGCGGGCGUGGUGCAUGAUGACCGUGGAGGUGUGUGGGCGCGUGUCGGUGCCCAGCGUGUCUCCGGGAGCCUCCAGCAACAGCGACGCGGCGCCCCUGGACGACGUGCACAGCGAAGGCGGCCUGGCGUCGCCCCCAGCCCGGGACACCACAGAGCCGCCCGUUCACCGCCCAAAGUUCAUGAUUACUGACAUCCUGGCGCAGCGAGUACCGCCCACGUCCACAGAGGAGAAGGGCGCGGGGGGAGGCGCCUCGACCCCGCACACCACAGACACCCUCAAGUCCCUGGACGGCCACGACGACGACCACACUGCAGACGACGGUGGCAGUCAAGAGGACGAUGGUUGUGACGAAGCCAAGCCCUUCAAGAAGCAGCGGAAGGCGCGCACGGCCUUCACCGACCACCAGCUGCAGACGCUGGAGAAGAGCUUCGAGCGGCAGAAGUACCUGAGUGUGCAGGACCGCAUGGAGCUGGCGGCCAAGCUCAACCUGACCGACACGCAGGUCAAGACCUGGUACCAGAACAGACGAACCAAGUGGAAGCGACAGACGGCCGUGGGUCUGGAGCUGCUGGCCGAGGCUGGGAAUUACGCCGCUCUGCAGAGACUCUACGGUCCCUCCUACAGCUGGCCCUACUCACCGCAGCCCACCACUGCAGCAGCAGCAGCAGCUGCGGCAGCAGCUCUAGGCCCUGCAGCAUCCGUCGACCUGUACUACCGACAUGCCGCUGCUGCUGCCGCCCUACAGAAGCCACUGGCCUACCGCCUCUACCCUCCUGGGCUGCCGCUCCUGCCACACAUGUCCUCCUCUGAUCCCCUGAGGGACGCACUGCGGCCGGAGGCUCUGCGGCCUGACGCGGUGCGCCCCGAGGCGGUGCGGCCUGAACUGCUGAAGCCAGAGCUGCGGCCCGAGGCGGGACGGCUGGAGCGGCAGGACCUCCUCAAGGGCGAGGCCACCAGGCUGGAGGGGCGCCUCUUCCCUCUGGACGGGCGGCUGGUCAUUUCUCCAUCGCCGCGUGACCACGACGAAGCAGAGCUACACCUCGGGGACUCCGGGCGGCCACUGGCGGGCGUGUUACGGGCGUCUGAGUCCCCCUCUCCCACGCACUGCCCCUCGCCCACAGACCUGCGGGUGAGGGCCUCCCCGGACUCUCCCAGCGACACUCACCCGGCCGCCCCCUGAGCCGCCGCCCGAUGCGGGCGUUACUGCGAUGUCACUCUUCUGCCCCGCCCCCUGUACAAAGGUAGCUAGGACACCACUAGUGCAACCCCGGCAGGCUUCUAGCGGUAUAAACAUCCUUCAUUUAGUGUACAUAUUUAGCAGAGGGAGGAGCCACCUGGGGCGCGGCGCCUCUGUCCUCUGCUGACACCACGACAAAGAGAUCCCAGUGAAGGAAUCAGGCAGGCCAUGUGAUAACGCCGAAGUGGAUGCUGCACUCACGGAGGCUCACCAGGGAGUCCCCCUUCCCUGUGCUGCUGACCCUCAACCCUGCGCCAGGACGAGACACCUCUGGGACCUGUUCUGUUCAGCAGGAAGGCCACACACUCAGCAGCACAGCACCACAGCAGGGCUCCCCGACGCUCCACACAGCAACAUCCACCGCUAAGAUACCCUUCCGGCCGUCACGAGCAGGAUGCGCCCCCUCCCCCCUUCCCUGCCCUUCUCAUUCCCUUCCAGUAAGUCCCAUAGGCUAAGACCGUCGCCCUAGUCACCGCCAGCAGCGAGUCCGUCAGUAGACCUGUGUGUUACAUAAUGUCCAUGUCAUUAUCUUGUUAAUUAAACUUGGCAAAA